UCUUUCCGCACAAAAACACCACGCCUUUCGAGUUACUAACAUGGCCGUCACCAGGGAGCGAGUUCAAGGAUUUUGAGACGAAUUAUUAUUCAGAUAUUAUAAAAGACUCUUGAUGAUUGACGCUGAUGUUCUUGUGUCGUUGAUGUUGCAGAUUUAUAACAUCUCAUUGAAUGUAAGAAGAGAGAAGCCACAUCCUCUUACUGGCGGCAGCAUCCUGGGCAUCAUCUAUAGCAGUGACCGCCUCCCCCAAGACUGGCAGCGCCCACAGGUGCAGCAAUUUUGGGGGCCACAGUUGCCUUUCUCUGCCAGCAGGGUCGGUAUUGGGACGAGCAUCAAAAGUGACUACCGGCCCUGGGCAUCUCGACAGAGUAUGGUGAGAGACAGUGGUUGCCAUGGAGCUACAGGAUAAGAAACAGGAGGAGGCGACUCCACUGGGACUGUCCACGACUCAGGCUCUCUGCACUUUACGUGACCAGCUGUCCAACUUACUGGGGCAACACCAGAAAUUCAGCCCACGCAGAUCCACUAUUCGGGAACUGUGGGCUAAGAGCUUUCUUCACCAAAACAACCGUCACUCAUGUUUUCAUUGGCCGGGAGCCGUUCUCACAUUGGUCGUGGUGAUCGGGCUGUUGUGUUGCCACGGCAGCCAACCGAAUGGCAGCCAGGGCAUAGAGAUGGUAAACGCGGGCGCGCUGUUCCUCCUCCUGCUUUUGAAUCUCUUUCUCAUCGGGCGGCAGCAGAGGUUACGGACGAGUGAGAUGGUGCGGAGGCUUAAGUCCAUUAUCUCACAGCUAAACGAUUAUUUAGAGAGAAGUGCAGGACAUCCUAUCAGAUGGGCACCCUCUCUGUACCCUGAUCUUUAUACCCCCACCUCUCCUUCCUGGUCUCUACAUUGGACAUUCAGAGAUGAACGAUUGGUCAAUCUACCUGUCAGUCUCCUGGUGGAGGGUGAUGUCAUCGCUCUUAGACCAGGCCAGGAAGCUUUUGCAUCCCUCAGAGGAAUUAAGGAUGAUGAACACAUCGUGCUGGAACCAGGAGACCUUUUUCCCCCCUUCUCUCCUCCUCCCUCACCACGUGUGAAUGAACGGAGGGGUCCCCAUAGUCCUCAACAGUAUCGCCUCUUUAGGGUGGUGCGCACGCCUGUACUCGACAGUGUCAGGAACAGUCUUGACCUGGCUCUGUCCCGCCCAAUCACUGCUCUUGAUAAUGAACGGUUUACGGUGCAGUCCAUCAUUGCCAAAUUUGCCUGCCCUGCUGUGCUGGUGGCCUUUUUUACUGUUAACACAAUCCGUUACUUCUGCGACACUCCUGGUCUCACGCCUGGACCCUUCAACUUCCUCCAGUUGCAGAUGAUGGGUGUAUUGCCGAUUUUACCUCUUCUCUUUCCUGUGAUGUGGGUUCUGGUUAAUGCAUAUGGAGAGGCACGUGUGUUAGCCGAGUCCAGACGCAACUCUCCUACUGGCCUGCUUGCUAAGUUCUCUGAGGACACUCUAAGCAGCUACACGGAAGUGGUGUCCUCACAGGAGAUCCUGCGCUGUGUGUGGCGCCACCUGGCCAGUUUGUUAAAAGGAGAGUCCAGGACACUUUGUUAUACCUCAAGCCUGCUGCACUCUUUGGGUUCAGUGACAGUGCUAUGCUGUGUGGAUAAGCAGGGGAUUCUCUCCUGGCCUAACCCGAGUCCUGAGACCGUUCUGUUCUUUAGUGGACGGGUCGAACCUCCUCAUGACAGCCAGGAUGACCUCAGAGAUGAUCUGUCAGUCAACUCCCUCUGCCGGACGGAGGGUGAAGAGGACAGAGAUGAGGAAGGGGAAGCAUUGCUGUGUUUGCCCGCGUUUGAACCCUCCCUUCACAUUGCUGAACAGGAGCCCAGUGAGACAUCACAUGACACCGCCCGGUCUUCAGACACACAGCGCCAACGGCGAGGGCCGCAGACCACUCGCUCCAAACACCCGUCUGGCUCCAAUGUCAGUUUCAGCCAUGAAACAGAAGGUGGAGAUGAUGACAUUGGCCAGCCAUGCAGUAUGGGUGACGGUCUGUGUGAAGCAGACGAUUAUGUUUGCGAUUAUCACCUGGAGAUGUUGAGCCUCUCCCAGGAUCAGCAGAAUCCCGUCAGCAUCCAGUUUGAUGACUCCAGUUGGCAGAGCCAUCUCCCCUCCCUGAAGCCUCUGGGAUUAAACGUCCUGCUAAACCUCUGCAACGCCACCGUCACACAGCAGCUCUGCCGAUUCUCAGACCACCUCUCCAACCUGGCACUGCAGGAAACUCACGGAGCGGUUCUACCUGUCCACGUUCCCUGGGGUCUCUGCGAACUCUCUCGCCUUAUAGGUUUCACUCCAGGAGCAAGGGAACUGUUUAAGCAUGAGAACCAUCUGGCGCUGUAUCAACUGCCUUCUGGAGAAAGCACCAAAGAAUCUGUCCCACGACGCCUCCAUCACUUCACCAAACGGCAGCCCCCCAUCAGUCACCUCAUUAGCCUGUUUGUCAGGGACAGCACUACCGACAAUGUCCAGAUGCUCUCACAUGGCUCGGCCGACCUCGUUCUGGAAGCCUGCACGGAUAUCUGGGAUGGAGCGGACAUCUAUCCUCUGUCUGGCUCUGAUAGGAAGAAAAUUUUAGAUUUCUACCAACGUGCCUGUCUGUCAGGAUAUUGUUCUGCCUUUGCCUAUAAGCCUAUGCAGGUGGCAUUGUCAAGCCAACUUAAUGGCAAGUGUGUGGAGUUGGCUCCUGGGCCCACACUUUUCUCAGGGGUGGAGCUCCCCGGCACCACCCCCAUCAAACAUGGCAGCCGCAGGAACAGCUGGAGCUCUGAUGAGGGUAUUGGAGAAGGUUUGGAGAAGGAGGACUGUGUGCAGGCCCUGAGCGGGCAGAUCUUCAUGGGCAUGGUGUCGUCCCAAUUCCAGGCCAGGUUGGACACGGUGCGACUCAUCGAGAACCUGGUGGGAGCCUGUAUCCGCUUUGUGUACUUCUCCAUGGAGGACGAGCUGCGCAGCAAAGUGUUUGCAGAAAAGAUGGGUUUGGAGACGGGCUGGAACUGUCACAUCUCUCUGACUCCAAAUGGAGAUGGUCCCUGUGAUGGCGCUCCAUCCAGCCCUAGCCAAGCAGGAUCUCUACAUGACGAUCUUCUGCAGGGUACCGACACUCGUGAUGAUGUGGAAGGUCCACUCUUGCUUGAAGACCAAUCAGAUCUCGCCAGCUUCCAACCCACAGACAGCGACGUUCCCAGUUUCCUGGAAGACUGUAACAGAGCCAAACUGCCUCGUGGUAUCCAUCAGGUUCGUCCUCAUUUGAAGAACAUAGAUAAUGUGCCUCUACUGGUGCCCCUCUUCACAGACUGCACCCCUGAAACCAUGUGUGAAAUGAUGAAGAUCAUGCAGGAGAACAGAGAGGUCACCUGUUGUUUGGGAAGCUCGGCCAACUUCCGCAACAGCUGCCUGUUUCUGCAGAGUGACAUCAGUAUCUCUCUGGAUCCUCUCUACCCAUCUCGUUGUUCGUGGGAGACCUUUGGCUACGCUGCGGGUUGUGGGCUAAAUGGAGACUCUGAUGAGCUCUCACCAAUGGGACUCAGUGGUCGUCUCAACAGCCUCGCUUGCUCUGUGUCCUUCCAUCAGGGCGAGAGCGUCAGCAUGGUCCGACUCAUAGAGCAGGCAAGACACACCACCUACGGCAUUCGCAAGUGCUUCCUGUUUCUACUGCAGUGUCAGUUGACCCUGGUCAUCAUUCAGUUCCUGGCAUGCCUCAUUCAGCUGCCCCCUCCCAUGAACAUUACAGACAUACUUUGGCUAUCCUGCUUUUGUUACCCCUUGCUAAGCGUGUCCUUCCUGGGAAAACCUCCUGAUAGUUCAGUGAUGACAGUUGCUACUGGAAAGAAUCUGGACGCAAUACCACGCAAGACGCAGCAGUACUUCCUGGGCUGGUUCCUGUUGAAGUUUGGUCUGACGAUAUUGGCCUACCUAGUCGGUUUUGGGUUUUCUCUACAGGAAGUGUGUUUAAGAGCAGCAAACGUCAAUAAUAACAGAACAGUUAACUGCUCGAACAUACUUGCAUUCAGCCCCCAGGAGGAACCUAAAUGGUUCGGUGAAUUAUCCAAUGGGCUGCUUCUGAUUCAGAAAGUCAUGGCAGGUUUCCUGGCUUUGCACACAGUGGUCAUCUCUCUAAGCUACGUGCAUCGUUCCCAGCCCUUGUGGAGGAAGAACCCUUUCAGUAACACAUGGUGGUGCCUGACUGUACCUGUGGUGUUGUUGGGGCAGGUAGUGCAAGCUGUGAUAGAUUAUCAUUUAUGGCAGGACAGGAGUACAGAAGUCUUCACAUUAGAUCACUUUCCCUUGAUGGUCUGGCUCUUGGUUUCUCUGUCCAUUGUACUUGUGGUGCUACUCAAUGAAGCAGUCAAACUGCAAGAAAUCAGGGUACGUGUGCGGUACCAGAAGAGACAGAAGCUUCAGUUUGAGACUAAACUGGGCAUGAACUCUCCCUUCUGACCUGGAUCUGCUCAGGCUUGUUUGUAGCUUCCUGAUCAUUUCAUUGGUGGAAAAGACAAAUCCUGAAUGCUUUGGAUUUCUCAUAGCAGAGCUCUUCCUACCACACCUCUAAUGGGCAAAACUUUAUUUCUGCCUAAAUGGCCACCGAGGGCAGCUUUUUUAUUUUGUUUUUUAAUUGGUGAAAUGUUUAAAAGGUGAAGAGUUUUUUUAUUUUUGUCAUUUUAGGGGCAGUGACCCGCAUGCUGCUUUGGAUUUAGCAGGGUAAUUUAUUUGAGGACUUGUUUAUUUGUGAGGUCAUUCAUUAAAACCUCAUAACUGUAGUGCACAAUAGUGUAUAUACCAACAUUUACAAUGGAGGGCUAAAUUAGCAUGAUUUAUUUUCUUUGUUGUUAUCAACUGUCGUGCAAUUUAACAUUAUCCUUCAGUUCAGCUAAAAAUGAAGUGAAGCAAUCGGACGCUCACACGUUGAGCUUUAGGUAUUUUUUGCUUGUUUCAUGCAUGUGUAUCUUUGUAACACCCUGCUGAGAUGUUUCAUGAAGUUCACUGACCACUUACAGUACCACGUCAGAAGAGCUUACAGCCUGUUUUAACAGGUUAUAAUGUGAAUCUCACCUCAUAUUGAGAGGGGAAAUAUUUAAUUCACUUUUAUUUUGUAAUUAUGAUGUUAUAUUAACAAUGCAUAAGCAAGUGAAUAUGUUUUAAUUCCCCAAUAUCAGCCAGAGCAAAUUAAGGUUUAGAUACAGUCACCGUGACACUUAUUAUUGACUAUGGUGGUAAGAACAGGCUUGAAAUUUGUUUUUGUAAUACAAAUCAAUUUCGGACGCAUGCUGGGUUUGAAACUUUUAGCCACUUUUGAUCUCCAUUUUUAGUCUCGAGUCUAUUUUUAUCUCUUAUUACUUCAUAUUGGGAACUCUAAGCUUUUGUUCAGUCAAAACAGAAGCUGUUUUUAUCAGACAACGCCUGAUAAAAAUGAAAUAAACGCCUCUUCACUAGGCUUUUUGAAAUGUUUUAACAUCUGUGAUUGUAAAUCAGAAUGCACUGAACUCAACUGCAUUCAAAAAGAUGCCUAAUUUCUCAUUGAACAGCGAGAUAUUAGAGAUUUCUACAGCUGUAAAUAAUAUAUCUAACUAUGAAUGGAUACUUUGUGUUAUUUUAUGCAAUUUUUUGUUUCUUCAUCUAGAGUUUUUACUAUUUGAUGGUAAAUAGAAAUGUUGAACUUUUUUCUGUUCUACCUCUAGAUUCUCGCAGUAUAUAGUUAAAAUCUUAUUGGGUUAAUUCAUGUAAUUUAUACGGUUGUGCUGCAGCUAUGGAAUGUAAGGGGCUUGUUUAUUUUCACCGAAUGUGUUUUAAAAAUCAUACUCUGAAAAACAGCAAAUGUAUUCUCUGACAGUUACCAGCUAUCCCCCAAACUACCAGCAUAGAAAUGUUAGUAUAAUUCCUGUUAAGGGAAACUUACACCUUCUUUGUACAUAAAUCAUCUUACUAACCUAAACAAAUCAAAUAGAGAAUUUAGGACAAUGCAGCCUGGAUGGGUGCGACAUUUGGUCUUUGAAGGCAUCAUGGAACUCUAUAACUUUUUUUUUUAUUUUGGUUGUGUUCUUACAGAACCUGCCUUCCCAUCUAUAUGUCAUGGAACUCAGUCUGUAUUUUUUCUAUAUUAUGUACUGAAAGUCUUAACUAAUUUUUUGUUCCUGUUUAACUAUUUAAAUCACAACUACGUACUGUAACGUGGAAUCUCCACAGCAGCUAGUUUACAAAAGUUCAUGUUAACACUUAAUGAUGCCACCUUACAGCCUUGUUUAUAAUACUGUCUGCAUCUAAAGAUUGCCAUAGUAACGGAAUGUUCAUGACAAUAUGUUGUGUAUUUUUGUUAUACAUUUCUUAUCAUGUUUGUGUGUUAAGAGGUGACGCUGGCCCACAUGUGAUUCGAUAAAAUUAUAGGGCUGUUUAGCAUCACUGCUAUAUAACUACAUCUCCCUAAUUCAGUAAUUGAGGGAUAGUCAGUAGAGGAAAUCCUGCUGUUGUUUUAUUUAUUAUUUUUUCUUUAUUAAUUGGUGCUAAAUUAGUGGCAUUUGAGGAAAUAUACAAUUUAGAAAUUGUAAAAUUACAACCUGCAAAAGGGUGAAAUUUGUUUUAAUAGGCACUGAUCUAUGAUGUAGAAACUAUAGUAACAGGAGCAGUGUUUUUGUACAGCAAGCUUUUUUGUAAUUAUUUUCUCUCUACACGUUUUUUGAUGUAUGCAUGAGGACGACCAUAGAAUGCAAUGCUGUUAAAUGUUUCUUUAUAGCUUUAUUCACUGCUGAAAAUGUUGAGUCAGUCAUGCAUGGAUUAAAAAAAUGUUACUUGAAGCUUCUUCCAUCAUACGAAUAUGCUGUAAUCAGAUCUGUAAACCAGGCAUAUGAAUUACAUUUUUUUACAUGUGAAAUAUGUGACUGGGCGAUAACCUGCACUGAUUGACUCAAUAUACAAAUAUUUGCUAUUUAUGAAUGUUCAUAAAUUUUAUACAUGUUGUACAGUUUGUAUUUUUUUAAGAUGUCUUUGACACCUCCCCCUGAUUAUUUGUGAAUCAAUAAUGUUAUGUUAAUAAAUAUGUUCACAUGCUCUCAA